AGCGCACGUCUCAGCUGGCGCAGUGGAUUCAAGCAUUAGGACGGAAGGCAGCGAAAUAGAUUAUUUCAAGGAUAGAAAUGGUGUGAUCGGGACGGCACUCGCAAGCGUUGAACAGUCUACAGCGUGAGUUAGCAGCCGUCGGAGUCGAGAGCAGACAAUAGAGAGACAAGAGCGAGGGCGGACGGAUCUGGACGCCGGCCGACCCAAAAUGAACUAUAUCGGCAAGGUGCUGAGCAAUGUGCGAGAAUUCUACAAUGACAUCAACACGGCCACCCUCACCGGCGCCAUCGACGUCGUCGUGGUGGAGCACCCCGACGGCAGCUUCACCUGCUCGCCCUUUCAUGUGCGUUUCGGCAAGAUGGGUGUGCUGAGGAGCAGGGAAAAAGUGGUGGACAUCGAGGUGAAUGGCGAGCCAUGGGACAUUCACAUGAAGCUGGGAGAGUCUGGCGAGGCGUUCUUUGUCGAAGAGCUGUCAGGAACCGAGCUGGAGUCAUUUCCCUCGUAUUUAGCAUGCUCGCCCAUUCCCCUGGAAGGCGAGCAACUGAUGCUGGAGAAAUUCGGCCAGAAGAGUCCGAAGCCAAUUUCUCCGCUAGCACAAACCCCACCGGCAGAGACGGGGGAAUCGUCGCCCCACAGAGGUGGUGCACCGCUAGCUUUUCCACCCCUGUCACCCCUGCAUGAAGCCCAGGAAGCAGGUGGUGCGACUGCAUCUCCAGUUCCAAAGACAUUCCGUGCCGAAAUGGUCAGCGAGGAAAUGGCGCAGACCGGGAGCGACUUCAGACCAAUCCACAAAGCAGGUGAAUCAGCUAGUCAGGAAGAGGAGCAGGUGGCGGCCGAGCCAAGCAACGGCCAGACCAACGGCAGCAAUGGAGGCAGUAAGAAUUCCAGGCGCAAACGAAGGCGCAAGUCGCUGCUCAAGAAGAACAAGCAACAGCAGAGCAUGCCAAACAACUCAUCCAACCAAGACGAUUGCGAACUUGACAACAGCCAGGUGGUACCCGGUUCUGCGGCUGACGAAGCUGAGGAGACCCAAUUCCAACUCGAGGAUGUCAGCACGACUCAGCAAAAAGAAGUUUGCACACAGCACCUGGGAGGAGUAAUGCUCUCUGGGUAUGGAAACUCUGCGGAGGUGACCUACAGUCUUGAGUGCAGCAAAUGCGCAGAAACGUGCUCCAAGUUAGCUGACUGCAGCAACCUCUCAAGUGACCUCGUUGAUGAGAAGCGGAAGCCAGCAGACUUGCACUUUUUCAGCGACACAGAAGCCACACCGUGCUGCAGCUUCACGCCAGCCGAUCUAGCCGCCCUGCAAGGUUUAAAUCUCAUCUGCCAGCCCUUUUGGUCAGCUCACAUCAACCAAAACUCCCUCAGUGAUCCAAUCAACCAUGGCUCCAGGGCUGGUUCACCGACGCCCCAGUCUGACUCCGAGCUGGAGCUACGGCGCCAGUCCAGCGCUGCUGAGCCAACCCAACUUGAAGCUCAGCUGCAGGCUGAGCUGGGCGUCGGUGGCAAGCAGAGCUGGAAGUGGGGUGAACUGCCCUCGCCCCCGCCAAUGCCGCCCCGAAUGCUGGUUGAGGGCUCCUCCGAAAGUCAGGAGUCAAGCCCAGUUGAGGAACAAGGUCAGAAGAGCUUAGACAAAGAGUCGCAACAGAGGCGCUCUUCGGUGCUGAGCGGCGUGUGGAGUUUGAUGCGCAGUCAAAACAGGCGGGCGUCUCAGCAACAGGCAGACGGCAUGUACCUCGAGCAGUUUGACGUCAACAUGGACCCGGAGGUGACGGCGCUCUAUUUCCCAGCUUCCUACAGCUCACCGGCAAACGAGAUGCCCAGUAGGCCUUCCCUCGCAGAGACGGCCCACAAGGAGGAAGACGCCGAGUCCGGCAAGGGCCCCUCCAUCCCGCAGUCGCCGCACAGCGUCGAAGGCGCCAUCGGCGAACCCAAGUUCGGCGACAGUGACGCUGAAGACGCGAAAAAUAACGACAAGCUUUUCCUUGAUCUCGCCCUGUCGCUGUGCGGCCCCCUUGACCUGAGUAACCCACCAAGUGAAGAAGUGUUCUCCAAUGCAAUGAUUAGUCAGGCGGAGUUCAGAAAGAACCCCGCCCUUCUCGAAAACCCGGCGCUCGUGGUGCGGCUUAACAACACCCUUAAGACGUGGCGCGAAGCCGCACCAGAGGUCAUGUCCCUGCUGCUCUUUCAGCAACCGCUGGAGCCCCUCAAUGAGGAGGCUCCUACCGCGGAAAAUCCUGAAAGCGCCCAGCCCGCCUCGGUCGACGACCAAGACGGGGCCUCGGCCGACGCCGGCUCUCGUCCCACCGACUCUGCUGCCGAGGAAGCUCCUAAGUACUCUUGGUUCUCCUCCUGGCGCCGUAGCGGAAGUGUCACUAAGAAGAGUGACAUCAGUCCACAGCUGCAGGAUGUGACCGCUGGCCGGUUGCCAAGCUAUCGCAGUUCCGAUGAAGAAGAGCUCAACGAGAUCGCAGCUAAGUCGGCACUCAAGGAAGACGCUAUCAACAAAGAGGGCGAGGGCUACAGCGGUUCCAACUCCUCAGAUGAAUCUGACAGCUCCGCUCCCGCUAACAGAAUCGCAAUUCCCCAUGCUAGGUUGCGGCUGGACAGCAAAAAUAAAAUCUACAGGAAGACGCUUCGCCUCUCCUCAGACCAAAUAGCCAGUUUGCAGCUUAAAGAAGGUGCUAAUGAAGUGGUUUUCAGCGUUACCACAGCCUAUCAGGGCACAACCAGAUGCAAGUGCCAUGUUUACAGGUGGAGGUGGGAUGACAAGAUUGUCAUCAGUGACAUUGAUGGAACAAUUACCAAGUCUGAUGUGCUGGGUCACAUACUGCCAGUGCUGGGUAGAGACUGGGCCCAGUCGGGUGUCGCUCAACUCUUCACAAAAAUCAAGAACAAUGGAUACAGACUGCUGUACCUGUCAGCCAGGGCCAUCGGCCAGGCGAGGACAACUAGGGACUACCUCAAGUCCAUCAAGCAGGGUGACCUGUCCCUGCCCGAGGGACCUUUGCUGCUCAAUCCGACCAGCCUGAUCAGCGCUCUGCACAGGGAGGUGAUCGAGAAAAAGCCUGAGGAAUUCAAAAUCUCCUGUCUCAGGGACGUGCAGGCGCUGUUCCCAUCUGAUUGCAAGCCUUUCUACGCAGGAUACGGGAACAAAAUUAACGACGUUUGGGCAUAUCGCGCAGUAGGAAUUCCCAUUUUUAGAAUCUUCACCAUCAAUCACAGAGGAGAGUUGAAGCAUGAACUCACGCAGACGUUCCAGUCCUCUUAUAUGGGCCAAAGCGACGCCGUUGACGAUAUAUUCCCAAUCAUUUCUCACAAAGAACCAAGUUCUGAGUAUUCUAACAUGAGCUACAUCGUGGACCAAAUGUUCCCGCCGCCAGUGGAAAGUAAGUCGGCCACAGAGGACUUCAACAGCUUUAACUUCUGGCGCGACCCCAUUCCUGACCUUGACCCGAGCAUGAUUCCCGAAAUGCCAGUUUCGCCCAAGGGCAGCAAGACCCCCGUCAAGGAGACCGCGUUGGCCAAAUAACCGGUUGUGCACUGUUGAAACCGCUGCUGCAAACACGCACGCCUCUCGCCCCUCCCUUGUGUAAGUCAGUUUUCUUACUUUGUUUGCAAGGAGUCCACAAACGGUUGACCGACUACCGACUCGUGGACGCAAGAAUGCCCCGAUUUUGCUCUGCAAUAAUAAUAAUAAUAAUAACUACACACUAGCUAACAAGCGUGCGUCUUGUUACUAAUUGAGCCGGGGAAAUUCACAAUGCCAACUCGCAGGACUGCUGUCGGAAACUUUGGAUGCAUUUUGUCUUUAAUUAGACUCGCGCGGCUUGCGUGAGUGGCGAAUUAAUUACCUGGGGUUCUUGUCGAAACGCUCCCCUGUUCUCGUGCCGACUUUGGAAACGUUUUCAAAACAUCAACUUGUUAAUUUUCCUGCUGGAACACGCUCAGUCGGGACCAACUUGAACGAGGGCUGGCGAAAUCUUGCACCACUAAGUGGUUUAAAUAAAAUCCAAUCUAAGUCUUUUAAAUUUUGUGAUUACCGAAGAUUUAUUAUUAAUUUUUAGCAAUUUUUCUUAUUUACACGCCACACGUGUCGGUAAAAUCGUGAAAUUUGAAUCCUUUGCUUGCGGCCCACUGUUCAGGGAGCUCUGGAAGACGCACGCUAUGCAAUUAAACGCCGAGAGAACAAAAAAUGCUCGGACUAAAAGGGCUGGAUUAUUGCGUACAUGACCGCUUCUAUUCUUUGCUUCAUGCUUUGCCACAACGAGGACAUUGAUCGCGACUUUUUUAGCAUUGCCAAAAGCUGUAAAACCGUGUUAACGUAUUUCCAUAUUUCCACGCGGUCGUAAAGUUGUGCACACGAUAAAGCUUCUUCCAGCAGCGGCAGAAAGUAUGAAAUAAUGCCUGAAAAUAGACAUAUAACAUAUACGUAUAUGCCUUGCAGUUGGAUUGCGACUUUUCCCUUCCGCUCGCUGACGGUCUCGCUAAUAAUUGUAAUUUAUUCAUUUUGACAGGCAGCGGCAGUCCUGUAUCAGAAUAGAAAACCGCCAACCAAAGCUUAAUGUAGAAGACGCAAAAAGCAGGUCACAUUAUAUCCAAAAGAUUGACUUCCAGCUUGAUUACUAUUUUCUUGAGCCUACUCGUGUACUCGAUGGCGGCAUCAAUCUGCCUUCUAUAUUUUUCUAUCAUUUAUUUAUUUUGCCAUUUUCUGCCAAGAGCCCAACGUGAACAACUUCUGUGACGGAUUGCUGGGAAGUUUUAAUUUUUAUUUGAUUUUCCCGAGUGCAAUAAAGGUGUUCUUGUGAGAAGGAUCUCGGUUUGUCAUUGUUUUGCCAAAUAGCAAAGCGGAAGUCAGUCUUUGAUGAAUAAAAGCUAGUUCCUGUUUGGUAACCUCAAAAGCGACAUGCCAAUACCGAGUUUGUUAUUCCGGAUUUACCGGACACAGCGUAAUGUGACUAUGUAAGAUAUUCGUUUUUUAAGAAUUUUUGUUGCGAAAUAUGGGUUGUAAAAACGCAAUAAGUUGCUCACUGCUACGUUCGUUUAUACUUGAAUCUAUAUAACCUCUAUUUUGUGAAGACGCGAGCUGCCUUGGCACGAGAAAGACUGCUUUUCCUGUUCCAAGCGCUGCGUCUACGUAGAGCUAAUAAGCUAAGCGUUGAUUACUUUUGAACUCCUGUGAUUUUCUCUUGUAACUUUUCGGCCUCAAGACAAUUGAAGGUCUCCUCAGUUAUUUACACUUUAAAUAUUAUAAAAUAGCUUAGAAGCUGGCAUAAAAAGCGUAGUUAACCCUCAUGUGUGUACAAGAAUUAUAUUGUUCUGCAGGCGGCAGGAAUCAGAAAAAGACUUGCGAUCGGCUUCCGAGCUUUAAAUUUGACAAUUGGAACGCUACUGAAACUGCCCGCUGCAACAACACUAUGAUCAUUACUAUAAGGCUAAUUUCACGCACCCAAAAGUGUAUUUACGGCGGCCAACGUGCCGCCAGAACUGUGACUAUUGCCUUAGGUUUAUUGGAUGUACGAUUUUGUUCAGAAAUGGUCAGUACUGAAUUUUAAGGACUGACAAAAAAACUGAAAAAUAAAUGACAAAGGAUGGAUUGUGCGAAAAGAAGCAGAAGGGUUUCCGCCGAGGCGACAUUUGGUUAUGUCACCCAUUCCUACGUUUACAAUAAUUAAUUAUUUAGAAGCUCUCCAUUUUUCACACCUUCUACUAGCUUUUGAAUUGUACACGCUCGCCACUUAUUAAAUUGAAAUGAUGGAUUAUUCUGCCUGUGAUGUGUUGAUUUUGCAAAAAUUGUAGUUGUAAUACAAAUUAGAUACUUGCUUAAA